AAAAUCAUCCUUCCAUCUAUUCAUUUUCUAUCAUGUGGUUUUUUUCCUUUCUGUUCUGACAUCUCACCUUCUUUUUCUAACACCAAACAGAGCCUAAAACCAGGCAAUAAUCUGGUAAAACAAAGGAAGGAAAAGAUCAAGAACCGAGUUUGACAAAUUUGGUUGGGGGUGCAUGUAGCAUUUAACCCUGCAAUGCAAUAAUUGAAGCAUUGAUUUGAAGAGAUUGGUGAAAGAUCAGUGAUGAAGCAACAGGAGUUGACUAUUUUGCUAUGCCUCAUAUGGGCACUAACCCUUCUCUAUGGUGAAAUGUUCGCUUACUGGCUUCCAUCUCUCUUCACUUGUUCAUGGCCCCAUCUUCUCCACUCUUCUUCUUCAAUGCAGGUUCAAACAAAAAGUGAAAAUUACCAAACUGAUUAUGUAAAAGUUGCUGUUAUUGCAGAUCCACAGCUCAUGGAUAAAACUUCUCUCCAUCUACCUGAGAAAUCUCUUGCACUGGAGAUUGCAAAAUUCUACACUGAUUUAAACAUGCGCAGAUCAUUCUUUUCAUCUAUCCUGCCUUUCAAACCUGAUGUCGUAUUGUUUUUAGGCGAUUACUUUGAUGGAGGUCCUUUUUUAUCGGAUGAAGAGUGGAAGGAGUCUUUAUAUCGCUUUAAACAUAUAUUUGGUUUGGAUGCACAAAGAAAAUACACAGACAAACAAGUUUACUAUAUUCCUGGAAACCAUGAUAUUGGUUAUGAAAGUCUUCAUUAUGCAAAACCAGAGGUUAUCAGACGCUAUGAGGAAACAUUCGGGAUUAGAAACUACAGAUUUGCAGUCGGAAAAGUGGAUUUUAUUGCUGUCGACGCACAAACUCUUGAUGGACACACACAAAAGCAUCUGACUUCUCAAACUUGGGAGUUUGUAAAGAAUGUCUCUGUAGAUGAGGUAGUUCGUCCAAGAGUCUUAUUAACACACAUUCCUUUAUAUCGACCGGAUGGCACUUACUGUGGCCCUGAUCGUAGUUCCCCAAUUAUCAAUCAGAGGAUACGUCACACUGUCCAGACUAGUAAUAUCAUGUAUCAGAAUUAUGUUUUUGAGAAGUCAUCAAAGUAUUUACUAGAUACUAUCAAACCUAAGCUUAUUUUAUCUGGUCAUGAUCAUGAUCAGUGCACCAUCACUCGUCAAUCUAAAUCUGGGACUGUAAAGGAGCACACUCUAGGUACUAUAAGUUGGCAACAAGGAAAUUUGUAUCCUUCUUUCAUGCUGUUAUCAGUUGAUAACUCAACCCUUCCAAAUGCUUCCAUUCCAGAAGAGGCUUUGUUGACUCAUUUAUGUUACCUUCCAAAGCAAUUACACAUUUAUAUAUGGUAUAUUGUGCUAUUUGUUUUUACCCUUCUUGCCCUCCUAUUUUGGCCAACAAGCAGCACAAGUUUUUGGCAUCAGUUUUGGAACUUGGUGGGCCAUUUUAAACAACUCAUAGCUUCCAUGUUAUCUAGAAACGAAACAAAAGAGAAGGAUGAGGAUGCUAACUAUGAAUAUGAGAUGAUGUGGGAUGCAGAAGGCUCAAUGCAUCUUGUAAAGAAACCAUUGAAGGCAUCUGCUGUAAAUUCAAAUAAGCGAAGCUUAGGCGAAAGGGGUAAUGUUGUAAUGCGACCAACUGCUAGAAAAAGUACUGGUCAAGAAACAGAUUUCUCUGUGGAUAUGGAUAUGGCUUCAAGCACUGGACUUGAUCCUCUAGCAAGAAUACCUCUCAGAACAGGCAAAUCAAAGACAACAAUUAUAAUCCAAAGAUUACUACGCACACUGCGAAUGCUGACUGUUAUUGCAGCAGUCAAUGUUCCUCUUUACAUGAUGUUGCUAUUCAAGGAUUGGAUUGACAAAUAAGAUGAAAUUCCUAUUGGAAUGAUACCAUUCAGGUUUUACAUUAAGUUUUAUUUUUAUUUUUUUUAUUCAUGAAGUGUUGUAGAUUCAAUAACAUAGUUCAGGUAAGUAAGUUCUAUCAACAUGAUCUAAUUAAUCAUAUGGAGCAUCUACAAGUAUUAUUUUGCUAGAAACAUAUAUAUUUAAAUGAUUCAUGCUAGUGCCAUGAUCAUAUGGAGCAUCUACAAGUAUUAUUUUGAAAUAUGGCUAAAAUGUGUUAUAUAACCGUAAUAGGCAUGAGGUUUGUGGCAUGCUUUAUUCUUGAAAGUAGACAACUUUCUCUCUUCCAAAA